AUGGCUGACUCUGUAGCAUCAAUUGGUAAUCGGUAUAUUGAUAGUAAUGAUACCGAUAUGCAUUUUCUCCGAACCUGGGCGGUUCGUAGAUGUCAGCAUACGGAUUGGGAUGUAUGUGAAAGGAUUCGAUUGUGUGAAUUGAAAGAAGCAAGAGAUCGUGCUGCACAAAUGGAGAAGACGAUGAGAUGGUGGUCAAGUUGCACAGCUGAAUGGAGGAAUAGAUGGAGUGCAGUCCGAGAUGAACGAAAUCGAGCUCGAGAAGAAGCUGAAACACUUCGUCAUAAUUAUGACCUACUUCUUGAGGAAAAACGAGCACUAGCCGAGCAACUGUACCACACUGACUCAGAAUCAGAUGAAGCAAAACCAGAAGUUCCCAAACCAGAAAUCGAUGGAACAAAAAGAAAUGCAGUUGUUCAAACAGUUCAUUCGAUAUCUUGUGAUCCUCCAUCAAUUCUUGUCACAAGUUAUUCUCAAGCACAAAUAGAAGCAGUUCUUCGUGAGCCGAGUGUAGACGAACCUGUGGAAACUGUGAAAUCAGACAUCAACGAGCAAUUGAAAGCGGAAAAUGAGUUUUUGAAGGAUCAAGCCGUGGAACUGCAAAAGUGUCGAGACAAAAUCGAGACAGAUACCAAGACAAUUGAGGACCUUCGUAUUCGAAUUCAUAGUAUGGAGAGGGAGCUAUUAUCUGCUAAAAACUCAAAACGGGCCAGCAGCUCUUAA